AUGGGGGAGGGGCUAGGACCAUGGCCCACAGGGGUCCCCUCCCGUUUCCCCCGCGCCCCUUCCGGCCAGUGCCCUGGCCACACCCCCGCGACCCCUUUCUCAGAGUCACCCAAACCGUGUCCCCAAGGGCGGCCAGGCAGGGCCCUGGGACGGAAGCCUCACCCGAGAACCGAUAGGAGAAAGAGGAUGCAGACGAGCUCGGGGGCGAGAGCUUCUGCCUCUGGGUCUCAUACUCGAAGAUUUUCUUUUCGUAGAGCUUGCGAGUGGAACCUGAUCAGACGCGGGGCACAGGGCGGUCAGGGAGCGGGCCGCGGGGCUAAGCGCGGGGAGGGGGCCCGCCCUCCGUCCACCGCGUACCAACGACGGGCCCGUGUGGGAUGUUGUACUGCGCAGCACGGCGGCCAGCUCCGAGUCCGACAGGACUGCGUGGUCGUCCAUGGCGGGCAGCGGACGGCGGAGGCCUGGGCCUAG